CUUUAUUGUGAAACUCAAACGUAAACGUGCCCGGAAGUGUGUCUGAAUAGUAAGAGACGUUCACGAUUUAACCGUUAAACAAGUUUAGUUAGUUGUUGACAAUUCUGUUCGUGUAGUAGCUUUUGCUAAGUUUUAUAAAGCGUUGUAUAUAUAUCUUGAACUGUGACGGUGAAGAUAGUACCGCUGUGAAGGCUAACUACUUUUGGACCAACAACAACCCUCCUCCAUGGUAACGUUAAGUUUUAAAACAAUGCUCCGUAGUGCAGUGGAGAACUAGAUGCCCAUAAUGAACCCACGAACCUUGUCACUGAGAGCGCUGCUGUUUUUGGGGCUUUGGCAAACUGGGAGAAGAAGUCUAGCCUCAGCUCCAGAGCUGCAAGAUCAACCCAAAAAGAUAGCUGUGGUUGGAGCGGGCAUUGGUGGUACAGCUGCAGCCUUUUACCUGAGGCAGGAGUUCGGAGCCGGGGUGCAGAUUGAUGUGUUUGAACCUGGCGCUGUUGGCGGACGACUAGCAACAGUGAAGAUAGGAGAUUAUGAGUAUGAGACUGGAGGCACAGUGAUCCAUCCUCUAAACCUACAUAUGAAGCACUUUAUUGAAAAAUUAGGUAUUCCUCCGAGGAAAGAUGUCCCCUCUAAAAUGGCAAUCUUUGAUGGAAAAGAGCUCACUUUUGAAGAGAGUGACUGGUAUAUAGUAAAUGUCUUGCGCAUGCUCUGGAGAUACGGGUUCAACUUUCUCCGAAUGCACAUGUGGGUGGAGAGUGUUUUGGACAAAUUUAUGAGGAUCUACCAGUAUCAGCAGUAUGGUUACUCAUUCUCCAGUGUGGAUAGGCUCCUUCAUGCCAUGGGCGGUGAUAGUUUUCUUACCCUGGUGAAUCAGACCACAGAGGAAACAAUGAUGGGCGAAGGAUUUUCCCAGAUCUUCCUCAAUGAUAUUGUCACACCUGUCACUCGUGUCAACUAUGGCCAAAGUGUCCGCAUCAACGGCUUUGUGGGGGCAGUGUCAUUAGCAGGAGCAGAUUCAGGUCUGUGGGCAGUGGACGGAGGAAAUAAGAGAGUGUGCUCAGGACUGCUGUACCACAGCAAAAGUGAGCUCAUCCCGGCCAGAGUGACCUCCAUUUCAGUCAGAGUUCGGCCAUCAAAGACAGGCACCACAACCAGUUUCUAUGAAGUUAAUUAUGUUGACGAAUCAGGCCCAGCACACUCUCUGUAUGACAUAGUAAUAAUAGCAACCCCUCUUCACCAGGGAAAGUCUGACAUCACAUUCUCAGGUUUCUCCCCUCCAAUCCCGUCUCACUACCCCGGACGUUACCAUCAGACUGUCUCCACUCUGAUUCACGGCAAGCUGAACAUGUCCUACCUUGGGAUCACAGAGCCAGCCUCAGACUUCACUGUGUCUGACAUCCUCACCACGGACUCAAAAGACUCCGUCAUCAACAGCCUGAGCUCCAUUGACCCUGUGUACAUCCCUCAGGGUUACAAGCGACCCCCUGCCAGCCAGACCAAAGUCUGGAAAGUGUUCUCCCCAAAGCCACUGUCCCAAGAGCAGAUGCAGAACAUGUUCCUCUCCUGGGAUUUAGUGUCGGAGACUCAGUGGUUGGCUUAUCCUUCUUACCACCCACCGCACCGUAAGACGCCUCCCUUCAUCUUGCACAACCGGCUGUAUUACCUCAACGCUGUGGAGUGGGCAGCAAGCGCCAUGGAGAUGAGCGCCAUUUCCGCCAGGAAUGUGGCCCUGCUGGCACACCACCGUUGGCACCAGCAGAUCAGCAAGAUCGACCAAGAAGACCUGCACACCAGACUAAGAGGGGAACUCUGAAGAGGGAGAACUCUGACCCCUUUAACCUUCAAGAACAAUUGCUGUUUUUUUUCAAUUUUUGGAUUUUGUAGUUUUGGCCAUCAUUUCUAUCUUUUACUGAGCAACGUCAUUGCUAAGAUCUGAGACCACAAGUAGAUAUGUAAGGGAAAAACAUUUGCGCAGUCAAACAAUCACAGUUUAACCCAUUUAUCUAAACCACUGUAAUUAAUUGUUUACCCUUUAGUAACCCCUCAAUGCACAGGGAAACUACUUGUACACACACAACCACUUCAAACAUGGUGUUUUAAAGUUGAAGUUGAAAGUUUUUAGCCAUUACAGUUCUCAGCCAUUAACUUGGUGAGUACAACGUCAUUACCAAUAGGAAUGUUGAACAGAACUAAGGGAAAAAAAGACCAACUGGAAAGGUCCUUUAAGCACCCUAACUGUAGCCACAGUUCAUAAUUCCGCAGCAACAAUAGCACAAAGGUGGAUCAACAUUGUACUGUGCUGAAUUCUGUAAUCACUGUUAACUAUGUUUAACUCCAGUAGACACAUAUUGUUCCUCUGUUUACCUGUGUGUCAUUUUUAAAUUUUUCUAAUGUGCACUACUUCUGUUAUGAAGAUGGUACAGCUAAUAUCCAGCAUGUCAGCGUGUUGGUGACACGUAAUCCAAGAUGGAUUAAUGCGUCUUCUGAGGAUUUUUUUCAGCCUCUUUACGUCCUAAGUAGACUGCUUCAACUGCUGUAUAUGUUGUUAGUGAGUAAAGACAGCUGUCAGCAAGAUACUUGGGCCACUACGACCUCUUUGCAAAUCAGAUGUUUUGAUGUCAGUUAUGAAAAGUCAAUGAACAAGUCCAUGUUUUUUCUUAUUAUUUAUUUGUACUGAUAAUGUUAAUAAGACUAUAAUUGGACAGGCUAAUAGCACUGGCGAGGUGUAUAAAUUCAGUAUGUUAAAGCAAUGACUGUGCCUUAAAGAUUAAAGUGUAAUUAGCUUAGGUCUUUAAUAAAUGAUGAGUCCCCCUAUCAUUUUAGAAAUCUACUACUCCAGCUACCUAAACCACUUUCAUGUUAUUUAACCAAUUUGGGAAGGAAAUUGUAGUUUGCCAAAUGUUUCUUAAGAGCAGGUGUAUUUUUCUAGAUUUUUGCACAAAAAAAAUCUGGUUUGAGUAUGUGUAAAAACAUACUUUAGCAAAAAAUAUUAAUAGUGCAAAUGAAUUAACAG